GGCGGUGGUAUGCUCGGUCUUUUUCUCUGUAGGGCCGUGGCGGUGGCGGUCGUGCUGCUGGUGUCUCUGAGCAAUCCUGUACCAUCCUUGUCGCUGCGGCGACCCCCGCAACCCCCGCCGCCAUGACUGAGCAAAUGACCCUUCGUGGCACCCUCAAGGGCCACAAUGGCUGGGUGACCCAGAUCGCUACCACGCCGCAGUUCCCCGACAUGAUCUUGUCUGCCUCGCGAGAUAAGACCAUCAUCAUGUGGAAGUUGACCAGGGAUGAGACCAACUAUGGCAUUCCCCAGCGUGCUCUUCGUGGUCACUCCCACUUUGUUAGUGAUGUGGUCAUCUCCUCUGAUGGCCAGUUUGCCCUCUCAGGCUCCUGGGAUGGAACACUGCGCCUCUGGGAUCUGACCACGGGCACCACCACACGCCGAUUUGUAGGUCAUACCAAGGAUGUACUGAGCGUGGCCUUCUCCUCUGACAACCGGCAGAUUGUCUCUGGCUCCCGAGAUAAGACCAUCAAGCUAUGGAAUACUCUGGGUGUCUGUAAAUACACAGUCCAGGAUGAGAGUCACUCGGAGUGGGUAUCUUGUGUCCGUUUCUCACCCAACAGCAGCAACCCCAUCAUCGUCUCCUGUGGCUGGGACAAGUUAGUCAAGGUAUGGAACCUGGCUAACUGCAAGCUGAAAACCAACCAUAUAGGCCACACGGGCUACCUGAACACUGUGACUGUCUCUCCAGAUGGAUCUCUCUGUGCUUCUGGAGGCAAGGAUGGCCAGGCCAUGCUGUGGGACCUCAACGAAGGCAAGCACCUCUAUACUCUAGAUGGCGGGGACAUCAUUAAUGCCCUGUGUUUCAGCCCCAACCGCUAUUGGCUCUGUGCUGCCACAGGCCCCAGCAUCAAGAUCUGGGACUUGGAGGGCAAGAUCAUUGUAGACGAACUGAAACAAGAAGUUAUCAGCACCAGCAGCAAAGCCGAGCCACCCCAGUGCACCUCUCUGGCCUGGUCUGCUGAUGGCCAGACUUUGUUUGCUGGCUACACAGAUAACCUGGUGCGAGUAUGGCAGGUGACCAUAGGUACUCGGUAGAAAUGAACUGCAGAACUUUAGAAAUAAAAAAAAAAUUGGCUGAUUUUCAGA